AUGGACGCGACCCCACCUCCCUCUGGGGCCAGGAGAGUUUGCCACGAGUCGCCCCUCGAGCAGCGACUGCGCGCUCUCGAGCAGGAAAACGAGUAUUUGCGCUCAGAGCUUGUGCAGACCCGUGCAGAGCUUCUUCGAGUCACACGGCGCAAGCGAGCCCUGGAGGUUGCAGUGCGUGAGCAGCGGCAGAGGCUCAACAAGAUCGCUGAUGGCACAACGACAACCAGCAAUGAUGGAGAUGCUGCAUCGGAAGCCGCUAAGGCUGAAGCAUACCAGAAAUUUACGCGUGAGUUUAUAAUAGAAGCAACGAACUAUAAGAAUACAAUGCUUGCCACUCAAGCAAAAUCCUACGAAGCCAUGGCCGACGCUUUAGUCGCAAGCAUGCAAGAUCUCUUUAGCACUAAGGAAGCUAUAUAUAACGCAGAACUAGAACGACUUCGUGGACUCAAUAGAGAACUAGAAAGAAAGUGUGCUCAGCUAGUAGAUAAGCUGGGCCAAAUGAAGCCCCAUAGAACAAAGUAG